GGCAAUUAGGCGGAAUGCCCACCUCAAGUUUGGGAGAUAUCAUCAGCACUUGCAGGACAUUCUUGACUUGGAUAUGUCCGCCCUCAAUUGGAUGAUGAAGCAGUUUCCCCAAGUCAAGGAAAUUGAGGACAUGAGGAAGAUAAUUGGCCGGUAUGGUCUGUCGGGACAGCAACAAGUCUGUGUGAUGAGGAAUUUGAGUGACGGGCAGCGCUGUCGUGUCACCUUCGCUUGGUUGGCUUGGCAGAGACCGCACAUUCUCCUGCUGGACGAGCCGACGAAUCAUUUGGACAUGGAGACUAUCGAUGCUCUUGCUGAUGCCCUUGUUGAUUUCCCUGGAGGGGUUAUUCUGGUGUCCCACGACUUCAGGCUUAUCUCUCAGGUGGCUGAGGAUAUUUGGAUAUGUCGAAAGGGCUCUGUCGAUGUGUGGGAUGGCACUAUUGAUGACUAUAAACAGCUCGUUCUCAAAGACUUUGUUGAAAAAUCUUUAUAA